GUGUGUGUGUGUCCGGGGAGGAAGAUGUCUGUCUCCGGGAUGAAGAAGCAGCUCCACAAAGCGAGCCAGCUGCUGAACGAGCGCCUGAUGGGAGCUGAAGGAACAAAGAUGGACGACGACUUCCUGAAGAUGGAGAAGAGUGUCGCGGUGCUGCAGUCCCUGCUGCUGGAGCUCCUCUGCAGAACCACUGAGGUCCUGCAGCCCAACCCGGCGGACAGAGCCAAGCUGAGCGUCCUCAACACGAUGUCGAGGAUCCGCGGCCAGGGGAAGGCGGGGGGGUACCCGCAGACAGAGAGCAUUCUGGGAGAUUCUAUGACGCACUACGGCCAGGAGCUCGGAGCGGAGUCGGAGUUCGGGGGCGCUCUGCUCGGGGUGGGGGGGGCUCUGCAUGAGGUCUCUCAGGCCCGGGUCGUGCUCGAUGAAGAGGCCAGACGGAGCUUCAUGGAGCCGCUGGAGGAGCUGCAGGACACGGAGCUGAAGGAGAUCCGGGUGAGAGGAGGGGAAUCACAGAAGUUCCAGUUGAAGAAGCUGAACGGCCGCCGGCUGGAUUUCGACUACAAGCGGCGGCAGAGAGGGAACGUUUCCGCUGAGGAGGUCCAUCUCGCCUGGGACAAGUUCAUCACGUCCAAAGAGUCAGUGGAGAGGAGCAUGUUCGUCCUCCUGCAGAGCGACGGCCAUGAUAUCUCCAGAUGUUUCUGUCUGCAGGGCGAUCUCCUCUCUCGUCUCGCGGCUCUCGUCUCCACGCUGCUCGAGUUUCACCGCAACGCACACCGCAUCCUGCUCGGUCUCCAUGGCGACCUGCAGGCCAGGCUGACGGCGGCCAGCAACAAACCGGAGCGACACUGCAGACCGAAGAAGAUCCGAAUCAGACGGGAACAGAUCGGCAGCGUGGAGGUCUUCCAGCGCCCCCCCCGACCCCUCAGGAGAGUUCACAGAGUUCACGUCCAGACCCAGCAGUCCCGUCUCCUGCUACGCGGACAGUGGGCUGGUCCUGGAUCAGCCCUGUUGCCGGGCGCUCUACUCUUUCCACCCCGGUUACCAUGGCGAGCUGAGCUUCAGCGCCGGCGACGUCAUCCUGCUGACCAAUCAGGUGGACGCCAACUGGUACGAGGGAACGCUCGGCAGCGAAUCAGGACUCUUCCCCAUCAGCUACGUGGACGUGCUGGUUCCUCUGCCGCUACAGUGACGCCUUCUUCAUUUAUAGACGAUUAUAUGCAAGUUUACAGCUUCUGAUGGAUCACUGAUUACUGAUUAUUGAUCUGUUUCACUGGGAUGAAGGCCAUAGUUUGUACUGAAGAGCACUUUAGUUUCUGACCUCACGUUGUACUUAAAACACAUAAAUACAUCAUGUAAAUCACAUUAAGUAUUAAAGCCAUUGUUGGUAAAAAAAAUAAAAUAAAAUAUGACGCCAGGGGAACAGGGUAAUCUUCUUAAAAUAAAUAUCAGAAUAUGAAAAAAAAGAAAUGUUAUCGAAUCUACAAAAAAAAUCUACAAGAAACAAACUUGAAUAUUCUCUCAGAUUUCAAAACAAAAGACUAAUUCUCAGAGAAUAAAUUUACACGUUUUACAAGAAAAUAACCCUCAAAAACAAGAAAAUCUGAAGCCAGGGGAACGGGGAAUUAUCGAGAUUAAAGUCGUUCAUGUACGUGGAAAUAAUACGAAAUUAAAUAAAAUUAAUAAGAAGAAAAUAGAAAGAAUAAUAAAGUGUUAAUUUUAUAGGAAAAUCUCACAAAUUCGAGAAAACUGAAAUGAUAAAGUCUUACAAUUACAAGAAAAAAUAUAAAGGCACUAUCUGAAAAAAAUGUUAAAUAAAAAACUAAAUGUGACAUUUUCUCUUAGAUUUUAAAACCAAAA